AUGACUGCUGUGACACCAGAUGAUGGAGGAGUUUAUUUAUGUGGAGUUUGGAUCAAAAGAGACUCGUGCUCCAUUAGUACUGCUGUUCACCUGCACAUUAUGACUAAAGUGGGCGUGUCUAGAGUGAACGGUUCCUCAGGAGGUCGUUUGAUGAUCAAGUGUGAACAUCCUCAAUACAAAACCAACCCAAAAUACAUCUGUAAAGAAUCAGACGGAUGUUCAGAGAGGAAGAAUCCAGGAGUUCAGGGUGAAUGGAUGGAGAAUGGAGAUGUUUCUUUAUAUGACGACACCAGAGCAGGAGUCUUGAUGGUGUUUUUUAGAGAGCUGAAAGCUGCAGAUGAAGGAACAUACAGGUGUGGAGUGAAAGUAUCUGACUAUACUGAGAGCUUCACUGAGAUACAGCUGAGCGUCAGACACGAUGUAAACUAUCCAAAGAGUGUGACUAAAUCUGUGUAUCCUGGUGGAGAAGUCAACAUCAUCUGUCGGAUCCCAAAGGAGCAUAAAGUUCAUUUCUGCAAAGAAGAUGAUAAUCACAUCUGCCAAAGCAUCAGCUCAUCUAAAGUGACAGAAAUGAGUGGUUCAUCAGAGAGAAAUGAAGAGACAGUUGUUACAGUGAGCAUCAGUAAUGUGAGUGUGAGAGAUGCUGGAGUUUACUGGUGUGGAGCAGAAACCAGAGACACACAUCUGACUUUCAUCUCCCUGAACACUCAAAUUCAGCUCAACCUCAUCAUGGCUCCAGUAGUUAGAGACGAAGGAGAAUCAGCUGAGAUCAUCUGUCCUUAUGAUUCAAUCUAUAAAUCAAAGCCAAAGUCUCUCUGUAAGGGGAAGUGCUCCACUAGAGACAGAAAUCCUCUCAGUGAGACUGUGAGAGAAGAGAAAGAGACCAAGACUGGCAGAUUGACUCUGAAUAAUGACGUCACUGCAGGUGUCUUCACUGGGAGCAUCACUGGACUGACAGCAGAGGAUGCUGGGAAAUACUGGUGUGCAGUGACAUUAGAAACAGAGCUCAAUUAUCUUUACACUCAUCUGAUCGUCAUCAUGAACGAGGAGCUGAACUUGACUAAGUAUGAAGGAGACGACGUGUCAAUCCAGUGCAAACAUCAGGAUGAAGAUCAGAAAAGCUUCUGCAAAGCACAUGAAGCCUCCAUGUGUGUGAAGGAUGGAGUUUCAUUGGAGACGAUCAGAGAUGAUCGAUUCUCUUUCAGUGAUGAAGCAUCUACUGGAGUCUUUACUGUGAACAUCACUGAUCUGAGAGAAGAGGAUUCUGGGAUAUACUGGUGUGGAGCUCACGUCACCACUAAAGUCAGUCUCAAAGUUAAAAUGGAUUUCUUUUUGCUGAACAUGAUUUCUUUGUGUUCCACACUGCUGCUGGUCGGAGGAUUCACUGUGACUGUGUGUAAAGAUCUUAGGGAUGAGCUACUCAUCAGGAGAUCACAGACGAACGUGAAGUGAUUCUCAGGAGCAGAUAUGAUUUAUUCUUCUACUAACCUUCUCACAAUCCCCUGAUGGCUUCUCAUGAUGAUCUGUAAAAGUGUGAUUUGAAGACAAGCACAGUUUUACGAGGCAUUGACUUUAAACACUACUACACUGUAAAACAUGAUGGCCCAAUUAAGUUACAGGAACUUUUUCUCCUUAACUCAAUUUGUCUUUGUAAUUUUUGGAUUUUGAAAUAAAGCUUACACAAGUUGGUUCAGUUGGUACAUCUGAUUCUCUGUAAUUCUCAAUAACAGCAGGUGUUCAUCACUAAUGCACAAUAACUUGUAAAACACAGCUUUUCAAGUUGAAACAAAGAAUAUCUUUAAGUUGAGUU